AUGCCACAAAACCUGAGGAUCGGGCUGGCCGUGGCCACGUCGCUGGCCCUGGCGGGGGCCCGCGUGGUGCUGAGCUCCCGUCGUGCCCCACACGUUGAGGCUGCUGUGGGGCAGCUGCGUGCCCGGGGGCUGGAGGUCAGCGGGGUCGUCUGCCAUGUGGGGCAGCCCCAUAGCCGCCAGGCGCUCAUCCAGAAGGCGCUGGACACCUACGGCGGCAUCGACAUCCUGGUGUCCAACGCGGCCCAACCCAUCCAUGGGCCCCACGCUGGACACAGGGGAGGCCCUAUCUUCCAGGUGAACGUGACGGCGGCGGCCAUGUUGGUGGGGCUGGUGGUGCCCCACAUGGAGCAGAGGGGCCUCGAUCUGGUGUGCGGCAGGGGAGGAGCCAUCGUCCUGGUGACCUCGGUGGCCGCGUAUCAGCCCAUCCCGGCGCUGGGCCCGUACAGCGUGAGCAAGACGGCGCUGCUGGGGUUGGUGAAGGCUUUGGCGCCGGAGCUUCGCGCCCGUAACGUCCGCCUCAACGCCGUCGCCCCGGGGCUCAUCCGGACCCGCUUCAGCGCCGCGGUGAGGACGUGGGUGGAGUCUGUGGGGCGCGGAGCCUCGGUUGGGGGCGCUCUGGAAGGACGAGGAGAUGCGGAAGCAGAGCAUGGCGGCCAUGGGCAUCGAAAGGGCCCUGACGACGGCCUCCACGCGCCUCUUGGCCUCCUCGACGUCUCCGUCGGUGCCGUCCAUGUCGGCCUCCACCUCUCCGACGCCGUACCCGAAAUCGGCCUCGUCCAGCUCCACCGUGACCCCCGGCAGCCGCAGCCGCCGACGCCGCGUCACGAACGACGCCGUGGGGCGCAGCCCCAGCUCCCGCAGCGCCUCCGUCGCCCCACGCCAACGCUCCCAACGCGCCCCCAGCGCCCGGCCAAGCUCCCGCAGCACCGCCGCCUCGCCCCACACCUCCCGGCGUGGCUGCAGCAGUACGGGUACCUCCCCCCCGGGGACCUGCGGUCGCAGUCGCUGCGUUCGGCGCCCGGCGUGGCGGCGGCGUUGGCCGCCAUGCAGCGCCUCUACGGGCUGCGCGUCACCGGCCGCGCCGACCCCGAGACACUCAGGGCCAUGCGGCGCCCGCGCUGCGGUGUCCCCGAUAAGUUCGGGGCGGAGCUGAAGGCCAACGUGCGGCGCCGGCGCUUCGCCAUUCAGGGCAUGAAGUGGGAGCAGCGCGAGGUCACCUUCAGCAUCCAGAACUUCACCCCCCAAGGUGGGCGAAAGCGGCCACCAUGGCGUCCAUACCGCCGCGCUUUCUCCGUCGGGCCGGCGGUGACUCCGCUGCGUUUCCGGGAGGUUCCGUACGAGGAGAUCCGUCGCGGCUCCCCCCAGGCGGACAUUAUGAUCUUCUUCGCCGAGGGUUUCCAUGGCGGACAGCACUCCCUUCGACGGCCCGGGGGGUUCUUGGCCCACGCGUACUUCCCGGGGCCCCACAUCGGCGGCGACACUCACUUCGACGCCGCCGAACCCUGGACCGCGCGCCACGACGACCUCAGCGGCAAUGACGUCUUCCUGGUGGCCGUCCACGAGCUGGGCCACGCGCUGGGCCUGGAGCACUCCAGCGACCCCUCGGCCAUCAUGGCGCCCUUCUACCAAUGGAUGGACACCGAGAACUUUGUCCUCCCCGACGACGACCGCCGCGGGAUCCAACAGCUCUACGGUCAGGUCGGGCGGUUGGUCCCAGUGUGGCUCCGGGGUGUCCCUCGGACCACGUCGCGUCCUCGCAGCCCCGAGCGACCGCCGGGGCCUCCGUACGGCCCUGAGAUCUGCGACGGAAACUUCGACACCAUCGCCAUGCUCCGAGGGGAGAUGUUCGUCUUCAAGGAGCGGUGGUUCUGGCGCGUGCGGGACGGGCGCGUGAUGGACGGAUACCCUCUGCCCAUCGGGCACUUCUGGGUGGGGCUCCCGGCGUCCAUCGGCACCGCCUACGAGAGGAGGGACGGGAAGUUCGUCUUCUUCAAAGGUGACCGCCAUUGGGUGUUCUCGGAGGCGGCGCUGGAGCCGGGGUACCCGCGGGCGCUGAAGGACUUGGGACGAGGACUCCCCCGCGACCGCCUCGACGCCGCUCUGCUCUGGGCCCCCAGCGGACACACAUACUUCUUCCGGGGCAACAAGUACUACCGCUUUAACGAGGAGACGCGGGCGGUGGACCCCGAGUACCCCAAAGGCAUUGAGGUGUGGGGCGGCGUUCCCGAAGGGCCCCGCGGAGCCUUCAUGGGCCCCGACGAGGCCUUCACCUACUUCUACAAGGGCGGGCGGUACUGGAAGUUCGACAACGUGGCUCUGCGGGUGCUCCCCGGGUACCCCAAGUCGGUGCUUCGGGACUGGUUGGGCUGCGCGGAGGCGCCGGCGCCGACGGCGGAUACGGAAGUGGUGGUGCUGGAGGUGGGGGGCGCCGGCGCCGGGGCGGUGGCGGCGGCUACCGCGGCGUUGGCGGUGGCUACCGCGGCCACGGCGGCGCUGGCGCUGCUCUGGAGGAGGCGCGGGGCCCCCAAACCCCUCCUGCGUUGCCAGCGCUCUCUGCUGCCGCGCGUCUGACGCCGCCUCCCAGUAGCUCCCAGUUACCUCCCAGUAUCACCCGGGGCCCUCCCAGUAUCUCCCGGUGCCCUCCCAGUUGCCACCGAGUGCCUCCAAAGGGGACCCCCAAAGUCCCCCUCCCCGACCCCGUGUUCGGCCUCAAUGGGACCCAGGAAGCCACGCCCACUCGUUGGCCACGCCCACACCCCCUCCCAGUAUCUCCCAGUAUCUCCCAGUGCCCUUCAAGGAACCCCAAUGUCCCCUUAUUCACCUCAAUGGGGCCCUUGGCCACGCCCCCUUCUGGGGCUCCCAUUGACUUCAAUGAAGCCAUAAGCCACGCCCCCCUUCUAGGCCCCCAUUGACUUCAAUGGUCGCUGAAGCCACGCCCCCUUUCGGUCCUCAUUGACUUCGGUGCUGAGGCCACGCCCCCUUUUAGAUCCCCAUUGACUUCAAUAGGCGCUGAGGCCACACCCCCUUUUGGGGGCCCCAUUGACUUCAAUGAAGCCAUAAGCCACGCCCCCUUCAAGGUCCCCAAUGACUUUAUUCGGUGCUGAGGCCACGCCCCCUCUUAGAUCCCCAUUGACUUCAAUAGGCGCUGAGGCCACGCCCCUUUUGGGGGCCCCAUUGACUUCAAUGAAGCCAUAAGCCACGCCCCCUUCAAGGUCCCCAAUGACUUUAUUCGGUGCUGAGGCCACGCCCCCUCUUAGAUCCCCAUUGACUUCAAUAGGCGCUGAGGCCACGCCCCUUUUGGGGGCCCCAGUGACGUCAAUGAAGCCAUAAGCCACGCCCCCCCUUUUAGGCCCCCAUUGCCUUCAAUGGUCGCUGAAGCCACGCCCCCUUUUGGGGCCCCCAUUGACUUCAAUGAAGCCAUAAGCCACGCCCCUUCAAGGUCCCCAUUGACUUCAAUAGGCGCUGAGGCCACGCCCCCAUUCACCCCAAUGGGAGCUAUAAGGGACCCCCAAAGGGACCCCAAUGUUCCCCCGUUCGGCCUCAAUGGGGCCCAGGAAUCCACGCCCCCUCUUUAGCCACGCCCACUCCCCCUCCCAGUCCCUCCCAGUAUCUCCCAGUGCCACCAAGUGCCUCCAAAGGAACCCCAAGGUCCCCACGUUUGGCCUCAGUGGCACCCAGGAAGCCACUCUCACCCUUUGGCCACGCCCACAGCCCUCCCAGUGCUUUCCCAGUAUCUCCCAGUGCCACCCAGAGCCCUCCCAGUGCUUCCCAGUAUCUCCCAGUGCCUCAAAGUGCCUUGAAACGGACGCCAAAGGACCCUCAUUUGGCCUUAAAUGGGACCCAGGAAGCCACGCCCACCCUUUGGCCACGCCCACCCCCCCAUCCCAGUGCCCUUCAAAGGACCCCAAUAUCCCUCCAUUCACUCCAAUGGGAGACGAGGCCACGCCCCCUUUUGGGCCCCAUUCAGUUGAAUGGGAGCUAAAGCCACGCCCCCUACCGGGUUUUUGGCCACGCCCCUUUCUGACUCCUCAACGGGACCCAGAGGCCACGCCCCCUUCCCCAUACAAGGGGCGGGGUUAUGCAAAUGAGGCCACCCUACGGGCACACGGAGCCACAUCUAUGCAAACGAGGGCCCUGUUUUAUGCAAAUGAGGUGGGCGGGACUUGUUUUUUUUACCGUUUUAAGGGGGUCUCAGCCCCGCCCCCUCCUGCGGGUCAGGAGAGGGGGG